CUGCGUUAACCAAAGUGUGAAGCAACAAGACAGAGAAUUAAGCAUUAAGCAGAUACCCAUUUCUGUCAAUCGAGUCACUGAGAGACGCAAAAGGUGAGAUGGCGCUCAACAACACCUAUGAAAAUUACUCAUAUGAUUACAAUAACUCAUAUGAUGAAGAGGGUAAUUUAAGCACAAUGUGUGAGGUUUAUGAUGACAGAAAACCCACAGCCGUGUGCUAUGCCACUAUUUUCUGUAUGAGUUUCAUUGGCAAUGGUCUCCUUUUGUUUUCUCUCCUCUGCUAUGAAAAUCUGAAGAGGCCCACCAACCUCUUCUUAUUGUGUUUAACACUUUUUGAUCUACUGUUCACGCUUACGUUGCCGUUUUGGUGCGUGGAACUUUUCCACCAUUGGGUCUUCGGCGACGUCACCUGUAAAUUCAUGACCGGGGCCUACUUUGUGGGCAUCUACGGAAGCCUCAUGCUUCUGACGGCCAUGACCCUUGACCGCUUUGCUGUCGUGGUGGUGAGAGGCGAUUGGUUUACAAGGGAUAGGAGGCUGUGGUGUGCCAGAGCCGCCUGUGCCGGCGCUUGGAUCAUCGGUCUGAUUGCUUCCAUGAGGGAUUCAAUGGCCUCCAAAGCACAAAAAGAUUUCGACAGCUACUUUUGUGAAAGCACCCACACGGAGGACGAUAAAGUUGGAUAUUACAUGCAGCUGGUCCUAUUGUUCCUCGUACCGUUUGUACUCAUUGUUUUCUGCUACACCAAAAUCCUGCUGACGCUGAUGUCUACAGCAAACAGACAGAAACACAAGACUGUGAUUCUGGUGCUGUGUAUCGUCAUUGCAUUUUUUGUAUGCUGGGGACCGUAUCAUAUACUCAUAGUGCUGAUGUCCUACUAUGACCCCUGCAAGUAUUACCGGCUGAAUAUUGCAUUUAUCAUCUGCAGAAUUCUGGCGUUUUCUCACUGCUGCAUGAACCCGGUAUUGUAUUUUCUCAGAGCGAAGUUCACGUCAGUUGUCUCAAGACUUUUGUGCUGUUCUCCUGAACUCGGGAGGAACAGAGGAACCAUGGAUCUUAGUGACUUCAGGACUCAAGGAAACACGAACGAGAGAGAUUUUGAGAACUGUGUGCUCAACUCAUUGUAA